GUGAAACUGUUCGCGAAGUUCGCCAAAAUGUGACAGUGGCCUGUACUCUGUGGAACUCUGUGACAGAUGGCCGAAGUGCCGAACGACACGCGGCCCGAGUUCAUCUCGGAUUACCUGCAGAAAACCCUUCGACUGAAACCGGAUCGAUGGACGAAGUUCAUCGCCUCGGAAGACAACAAGAAAAUCAUACAGGAAUUCCUGGACAAGGACUACCCAGACCUGAUCGUGAUCACCCAGAACGCCGCCGGUCAGCUGGGCAUCGCCCUCGCCUUCCCCAUCGGCUCCAAGUCCAAGAGCGUCUACUUCAUGAAGAAGAGCCGAGGCGCGGUCCCGAGGGACAAGAUCAAGCAGGCGCUGGUGUUCGGGGACAUGUCGCCCGUUCCGCUGGAUCAGCUCUGCAUUCUCAUCGACGAGGUUCCGUUCAUUUGUGGCUUUUUGGAUGGUGUUCGAGUCCUGAUCCCCCUGCUCUCGAAUAAGGGAAACCUGGAGACCUGGCCCCAGCCGAUCCGCGACGACAUCUGCAACCAGAUCCAGGAACUGAAGGGGACGAACCGCCGGGUGACGGGGCAGACGAAGGGGAGGGCCGUGCUGCCCCUGCCCCUCGAGACGGAGGAGAUCGACGCCGCCGAGCGGAUCGCCCAGACCGAGUCUGUUUUUCCCUCUUUUUCGCUAGAUGGCGGCGAGAUGGGAAAGAUUCACCGUUUCGUUUCUCGAUUCCAUUUCCCAUCCGACGAUGCUCUCGCCGAUAAAAUUUGA